AACCGUCCGACCAAACUAGACUGUGUGCCAAGUGCCAAAAGUUGGACUUCUUCGUACCAGAUUUCCUCAUUGAAGACACAUGGGAAGGGCUCAAGGAGAGCCAAAGUAACUGCGACUUUUGCGCCUUGCGGUGGCGAGUUUGCAUCAACCAAAAUCUCAAGAACACGCGGAAGAUAACAUUCGUGCGGGUCAACUCCAUGUUACACCUCAACGAACAUGCUGAUCCCGUACUAUCUGUCUGCCGGGCCCCAGGCAUUCGAAGCCAAACAAGAAUCGAAGCGUGUCAAGAUUGGCUUCCCCAACCUCACAGUGUCCAGCAGUCAACACAUGGGGCUUAUGCGUCAAUGGCUCGAGUACUGUGACAGUCGACAUCAAUGCAAGCCACAGGCAAAUAGUUCUGUGCCAACUCGCGUCAUCGAUCUCGGUACCGGGAAGGAACACACCGUUCGUCUUUGCGAGACCAAACCGGGAGAUUCCUUCAGGUACAUUGCACUUUCCCAUUGCUGGGGAACGGAGCAACACUUCCUCACCACGGCUACUAAUAUCGAAGAGCACAAGAGAAGCAUUCCCAUUCAAACGCUUCCAAGGACAUUUCAACAUGCCAUUCAAACAACACGUCAGCUGGGCAUUCGGUACCUCUGGAUCGACUCCAUUUGUAUCAUCCAGGGUGACCACGGCGAUUUUGAUAAGGAGGCAGAGAAGAUGGAGUCAGUAUUCAGCUCUGCCUACUGCGUCCUUGCAGCGAGCAGUGCGCGCAGCCAGCAAGACGGCUUCCUCAAUCCGCGGAAAGCAAGGAAAGUCAUCAACAUGGUGAAAGAAGGUCAUACAAGAGGAGGCGUGUAUGUGUCCCUCUUCUCAGACGACUUCAAAGUGCACGUCGUCAACUCACCGCUUAGUGAGCGUGGUUGGGUGUUGCAGGAGAGGGCUCUGGCGAGGCGAACCAUCUACUUCACAGAGUGGCAAACGUACUGGGAGUGCGGCGAUGGGAUUAGGUGCGAGACUCUGACCCUGAUGGACAACAAACUAAUCUCCUUCCUCGGGGACCCGAACUUCCCUUCCAAACUAUCGGACGGCACUAGUGAUCGGGGCGAAAAGAUCCGUUUCUACGAGGGGCUCUACAAGCAAUACUCCCGCCUAACCCUCUCACGCGACAGCGACCGUCCUAUCGCGAUUGCCGGGCUUGAGAAACGGCUCAUCCACGACUUGAAAUCCUCGGGAGGAUUCGGAGUGUUCGACGACGAACGCAGCUUGCUACCGCGAAGUUUGCUCUGGCAGCGAGGCAGAGAGUUCCGCACCUUGGAAAAGAUCGGGAGCCAGGUGCUGCCCCGGGUGCCAACCUGGUCGUGGAUGGCAUACAAGGGGGGCAUCGACUACCUGGACCCCCCGUUUGGGGAGGUGGACUGGAACAUAUCCGAGAUCAGGGGGAACUGGUUCGGCAAAGGCAACAGGGCCGAGUUGAGCGCCAUAACGAGGGAGUUUCGUAUGGCAACGACAGGGACGACAGACUUCGACAUCACCUGGGAUAUUCCGAAGGAGAUUAACUCGGACCAGGCGCGACUCAAGUGUGUCGUGGUCGGCGUGCUGAGGCGGAGAGGCGUCUCGGCGGAGAGGAAGACUCACUAUGUCUUGAUCGUGAGAUUGCGGGAACACGACGCGGAAUUGCCAACGGACGAGACUGAGGUAUAUGAGAGGGUCGGUGUCGGAAAAAUGCUCGGCCAGUACAUCGAUCUGAACAAUUCUCAACCGCGAGAGUGGGUCAAAAUCCGGUAGAAAAAGAUUGGCGGGGCUUUUCAGAUAUUCAUGUUUGGGCAUUUCCUUUCAACCAUAGACUGGCACCAGCGUAUCUCUUUCGUUUACUGCUUUCAUGUUUGAGUUCAUUAGCUUCGUCUCACUAGUUUGAAACAGUUAUGAGAAAAUGAACUUCCGUUUCCACUCGUCAAUAACGCACAGGUCUGCUCUCGGUUAUCAUCGGUGGAUUGAGCGUCGUGCACUGCACGAUUCCCGGACACUCUGCAAAAAAACACUCUCUCACAACACCUAAAACAAAGAGGUCUUUCCAUAACGACUGAAAUAUGACCACGUAAGUAGAUAAUCAAGUCUUAAUUGAAGAAAUCUCC